AUGAGCAACGACGACCCCGCCACUACGUUCGGAGUCGCCUCGUACGCACCGUCGCCCGAAGCCGCGGCCACCAACGCAGCCAUGGGCGAGCAAAUGCUGUUGCACGCAAUCCACCAGGCGCGAAGGGGCGCUCCUCCUGCCAUGCCGCCAAUGCACAUGCACAUGCCCGCGCCAACACCGCCUGCACCGCCAAUGCCGAUGGCUGCUGCCAUGAUGCUCAACAACAUGCCGCCCAUGAUGCCAGGCGUGCCUCCAUUCAUGUCGCCGGGGAUGAUGGCUGGCUACCCCUACUACGCAGCCCACAGCCCGUCGGCUUCGGCGACCGCGAUGAGCCCGCCCGUCUUUUCGGGCGGUUUCGCAGGUGCCGCCGCUGCCAGUCGACGCGGAAGUGGUGCAAUGGGACACUACGAAUCGUCUGCACCGACGUCCGGCCCCUCCACCCCGGCGCCAAUCCCCGCCAACAAAACCCCGUUUGGCUAUCCGCUCGCGCUGCUCAGCUCUGUCGCAGAACACCACGCCGGAUCGCCGUCGUACAUGCCGCCAGAUUCGAUGGGCCUGGCCGCAGCCAGCCCGUCGCUCGAGUCCGUCUACAAUGCAAUGACACCAAACACGCUCGCCUCCUUCAACGACGCCACAAGUGAUACCAAAGAUUUUCGCCGGAACGACAACAUGUCGCGCCAGAGUUUGUCUCAGUCCACAAGCGUGCCGGCGCCGCCGCAGCCACGAGCAGCGCACCCAGCAACAGCGGCGCCGCCCACUAGUAGCAGCAAUCGCGGUGGUCGAAAAUCCACCGCUGCAGCAGCCGCAGCAGCAGGUUCGGCUGCGGCUCCUCGCGGCGGCUUUGGAGCAACAAACCGAUUGGGUGCCGCCGCUGCACGUGCUGCCGCAGAUUCGCAAGACGACCCGUCGCCACCACCAGAAGUUUCUACCGACGACAGUCGGCGGCGUGAGCGCAAUCGACGGGCGGAGAAGCACCGCCGCGAGACGCACCAAAAGCUCAUGAUUGACGACGACGUUGUUGCACAGCUUCGUGGUCUUCGAACUUUUCUAUGUCGCACGAACAGCGAGACCCUGCAGACUGUUCUCGAGUUUUUCAUGCAAUUCGGACCUUAUUCAUUUGACGAGGAGUUCAUCAACUUUUUUGCACGAGCAGAUUUGACUGCCGUCACGGAAAUGGCCGCCGAGUUUGCCACAGAUGGCGCCAUUGACGAUUUGCAUCUCGACGAUCCAUUGGCGAGCAUCUUGAUCGAAGCAAACAAGUACGAGUUUGUCACACUUCCAGCAUCGCUGGAAAAGACACGACCGUUGUGGAAGGCGGGCGACUUUCAAGGCAUUUUGCGAACCACAGAUUCGGCCCUGUCCCACGCGUUGCGCCACCAAACAAACCUCACUCUGGAUGAGCGCAUCAUUACUUGCGACUUGAUGCUGGUGCGCGCAGAGGCGUGGUGGAAGUCAGGCCACAUUGAGCAAGCGAUGAGCGAUUGCCGAGCUGCGCUUGUGCAUGUUGCCAAUCUCUUGUCCACCGUGACCCUUCCUGGCGAGGCGCCGACGCCGUCCACAGUCCCUGGACUGCACGACUUUUCCUUUGAUGACGACGACUUCUUGCGCCCUUCCGAGCAGCUUCAGCCGCCAGAGCCCACUCCUGUCGCAUCGCAGCCAUUCCACAAGGCCACCGAGCGCCAGACCGGCUAUGUCGGCCCUGCCUCGUCCAUUGGCAUUACCCAGAGCGCGCCGCUCGACGCACCCAUGCUCUCGUUGCAAGAAAUGCCGUCGCUGCCGAAAACCCGAUUUGGCGCCUCCUUCCUCGAGAUUCCCGGGUAUGCUGCUGUUGUGAUGGCCUCCCGCGAGCAGCUCCAGGCCAUUCAAACGCUCGAGGUCCGCUGCGUGCACCGCAUUGGCUGGCUGUACCGCAUGAUGCACAUGCUCGUUGAGGCGCGGCACUGGCUGAGCAAGGCGCUCGAGCUGUGGACGGCAAUGCGCCACUGGCGCGGUGUCACCAUCACGCUUGGUGCACUUGCCGACGUGGCGAGCAAGGCUGCCAAGCGUGCCAUGAACGUGGACGAGCUCGCCAAGGCCGAGCGACUUGGCCGUGCAGCGCUCAAGCUGUCCAUCCGCGAGUUUGGCCCCAAGCACUUUGAAACUGGCAAGCUCCUCAAAAACAUUGGUCUGCAGCUGUACCGAACCGCCACCGUCCUCCAAUCGCAAAAGAAGCAGGACAAGGCACACGCUGCGCUCUUCCUCUCCACGCAGCACCUCUUCUGCGGGUUUUUGAUUUACUCGCGCUGCCUCGGCAUGAUGCACGCCGACACCACCAAAAACUUUGACAAGCUUCGCCGCUCGGUUCUUGCGCUGCAGCAACACGACCAGAGCACUGGUGGCUCGCAGUCGCUUGUCAUCCCGGACAUUAACGACGACGAAGUCCUGGACGAGAUGCAAGCGUUUUUGUCAACCUCCCGCCGGUAGAACAAGCCGUGUCCGCUUUCGAGGCCAUUGAAUGUUGUGCGAGUGCAUCCACAAGAGCAAGGUCAUCGAUCGCAUUUCGGAUUGCCAAAACAAAAACAAAAAAACAACAACAAAAACCAACAAACACACAAAACCAACAAAAAAACCAACAAAAAAACUAUCAGACCUGGCCAUACAGUACUGCUGGCUCCAACACCCAGUGUGGUGCAGGAGCAUCACGAGUAUGAUGAUGCUUGGGACUUUUGUUUGAACUUUUAGUGAAUGGUGCAAUUUUCCGCAACUGUAUCAACAUGAACAGAACUUGAGAUUUGAA